AUGUCGUCCAUUCGAUUUGGUACUGAUAAAGCCACACUGCUCGCCAAAGUGGUUCAACGAGUCAAGGAACUUAAACAACAAACCCUAGAGAUCUCCGACUCCGACCAAACCCUUUUACCCUCAGAGACCGACGAGAUUAGCGUUCUACACUAUGGGGACUAUUCAAACGACGGUCAUAUAAUCUUCAAAGCAUCUUUAUGUUGUGACGACAGAUCAGAUCUCUUGCCUGACCUCAUGGAGAUACUUAAGUCUCUUCACAUGAAGACUCUUCGAGCUGAGAUGGUAACUCUUGGUGGCCGGACAAGAAGCGUUCUUGUUGUAGCUGCAGACAAAGAGAUGCACGGCGUCGAUUCUGUUCAUUUCUUACAGAACGCUCUCAAGUCGUUGCUCGAGCGAUCAAGCAAGUCGUUGAUGGAACGUAGUUCUGGUGGUGGAGGAGGAGAACGGUCAAAACGGCGUCGUGCGCUGGAUCACAUCAUAAUGGUGUGA